AUGACCAGCGAUUCAGGUGAACUUGAUCAUCACCAAAGGCAAGGCACUAUGGCGUCUCCCUCCCCUACUAUCACGCCUUCUAUACGACACUCUUCCGAUACGCCUAAGGCGAAUCAAGGUAAAGAAGGAGGGGUUGUUAUAGUUGACUGGCUCCCUGGUGACCCCGAAAAUCCCAUGAAUUGGAAGUUUUCAUAUAGACGAUCGAUUAGUUUGAUCAUAGGAUUGUCAUGCUUUUGCGUAGCAUUCUCAUCCAGCUGCUAUGCGGCUGCUGUUCCCGGUGUAAUGAGAGAAUUCGACCACAGGUUGGAUGUUGCACUACUUGGCUUAUCCCUUUUCGUGCUUGGAUUUGGGCUUGGGCCAUUGCUAUAUGGAAGAAAAUUUGCCUUUUUAAUGUCCUUCGUCCCGUACACCUUAUUUCAUCUUGGAGCGGGGCUUUCAAAGAACAUUCAAACCCUGCUUGUCAUGAGACUACUUGGGGGCUGCUUUGGAUCAUCUGUGUUUAGCGUUCCAGGCGGGAAUCUAGCAGACAUGUUUACACAAGAAGAAAGGGGUCCCUUUGCCCUAGUAGUCCUUGCCGUAAGCCCACUACUUGGCCCCGGUUUUAUUUCCCAAUCAAAUGUUAGCUGGCGCUGGAACUUCUGGGUGAUGCUGAUUUUCUCCGGAACGGUGCUAGCUUUGUGUACUAUAUUUGUCCCUGAAACGUGUCAUCCUGUCCUCUUGAAAAAACGAGCCGCGAGACUAAAGAAGGUCAACCCAAAUAUCCAAUACAUGACCAAGUAUGAAGGGACUCAAUCUCAAAGCCCGUUUGAUCUUCUUCGACUUGCGCUAAGUCGACCUAUUUUACUACUUACUCACGAACCGAUCGUUCUGGCACUUUCAUUCUAUACAGCUCUUGUUUAUGGCACGCUCUAUGGCUUGUUCGCUGCCUAUCCCAUUGUUUUCGUACAACAUCGGCAUUUCACUUAUGGUGAAAACGGACUCGCAUUCCUCGGAAUAGGCGUCGGUAUAUUACUGUCCAUCAUACUUGCCGGGAUUGAGAAUAAGCGGUAUAUACGAGCUGUACAAAAACACGGCGGACAUGCUCCCCCUGAAGAAAGACUAAUUCCAAGCUUUUAUUCAGCCAUCUUGCUUCCGGUCUCUUUGAUAUGGUUUGCUUGGACAACCUACCCUUCGGUUCACUGGAUUGUCCCAAUUCUAUCAGGUAUUCCUUUUGGUAUUGGCUCAGUCUCGGGAUUUACAGCCGUUGUUGCAUACAUGGUCGAGCGGGCGAUCAAUGGGGCACCAUGUUCUGCGCUUUUCUUGCAUUGGUAUGCGUGCCAAUACCAUUUAUUCUUUACACAAGCUGAUGAAUUGACUUCAACACCACGUCUAGCUAAAGUACUCGAUAUACCAGGUUUAGACAACCUAAGAACCUAUUAUGCUGCUACUAUGGCCCUAGUUCAGGGAUCCCCGGCCCGUCCGGGGCUUCCACCUGAACUUGUGAUAUACAUAUGUCGACUGGCUGACUUCGAGGUUGUUCGUAUAACAAGAUCACCAGAAGGAAUAAAAGAAGUUCGUGCUUGGAGCCCGAAAAUUGAAUCGCGCCUUUGGUUUCAAACCAAACCUCUGAAAAAACCGAUACUCAGUCGCAUCAAGAGCAUUCAACUGAUCACUAUGUCGCGUCACCAAGGAUGGGUUAAUAACCGAUCGGGUGGCUCUUGGAGUUGGUUUGAAGUUCGUAUUGCUUGUCCAGGAGAUGAAAAUCCUUCACAAUUUGAAGCCAAACUCCGAGGGGAUGGAUAUGAUGCAUCCUGGAGGAGCCACAGCAACCCGGUUGAGCAAGAAGCAUCUUCACAAGAAAUAGAGUUUACCGAGCACAGAGGCUUACUAUUUGGAACCGACAAUCAACUGUGGCACGAGAUUAAGGAAGGAGACGCACUACAAGUAGUGCUAAAAGCUCAGUUCUCUGGAUGGGCAAACAUCGCCAGCGAUGGAGCUUUGAAGAUUGUCACAUGGUGGGAGCCAUCACCCGAGAUGCUGGAUUUAUUAUACAAUAGGUCUAAAAAGGCUGGUUCGUGGAGUUGGUUUGAAGUUCGAGUCGCACAGCCUGUAGACAAAGAAGACACUAACCGUUUAGAAGUCAAACGACAUCUGGAUGGCAGUGAGAUGUCUUGGUGUAGUCAUGCCCACCCAGUUGAUCAGGAAACCGCACAACAGCAGGGGAAUUUUGCUGAACACAAGGGCCUUGUGUUCGAUUCGGAUCACGAGUUAUGGGACGAGGUUGGGGAGGGCGAUGUGCUUCAGGUCGUGAUGAAAGUCCAAUUUGGCGGGUGGGCCAACAAGGCGUCCGAUGGUAUGCUACAAAUCAGCACAUGGUGGGAACCUUCAACCGAAAUGUUGGACAUGAUGGGGCAGAGUGGCAAAAUCUGA